AUGAUUCUUCGGAGGCUUGUUCUGUCUGCAACAUGGAAUUCAAAGAGCCAACCACUUUCUGCUUCUGCUCUUCGACUUGUCUCAUCUUCUUCUGAUAGAUAUACGGCGUCGCAGCGAUACUCCGGUGACGCUAAACUCGCCAGGCUAAAGCACAAGGACUGGUUGGCGCCGAACGAGGUUUUGAAAAUCUUCGAAAAUGUCAAAGAUCCAAGCUUUCUUAUGCCGGCUUACCAACAUUACUCUAAACGGAAGGAUUAUCAGCCGACGGAACCUCUCUACGCCCUUCUGAUCAACAAGUUCGGACAAGCCAAGAUGUUCGACGAAAUCGAAGAGCUCAUGAGAAAUGUAAAGCUCGAGAAAAGGUGCCGUUUUUCUGAGGAGUUCUUCUACAAUCUGAUGAGGAUCUACGGGAACUUAGCCGGAAGAAUCAAUCGAGCGAUUGAGAUUCUGUUCGGCAUGCCGGAUUUCGGAUGCUGGCCAAGCGUCAAAAGUUUCAAUUUCGUUCUCAAUCUACUCGUUUCCGCGAAGCUGUUCGACGAGAUUCAUAAGAUCUUCGUGAGUGCUCCUAGAUUAGGCGUGGAAAUCGAUGGUUGUUGCUUGAACAUACUCAUCAAAGGACUGUGCGAGAGUGGGAAUCUGGAAGCUGCACUCCAGGUGCUCGACGAAUUUCCUAAACAGAAAUCACGGCCUAAUGUGAUGACUUUUUCACCUUUAAUCCGCGGUUUCUGUAACAAGGGAAAGUUCGAGGAGGCCUUCAAAUUGUUGGAGAGGAUGGAGAAGGAACGAAUCGAACCGGACACUAUCACGUUCAACAUUUUGAUUUCAGGGCUUAGGAAGAAAGGUAGGGUUGAAGAAGGGAUUGAGCUUCUGGAGAGAAUGAGGGUAAAAGGGUGUCAACCAAAUCCAGGGACUUAUCAGGAGGUGCUCUAUGGUCUCUUGGAUAAAAAGAGGAACUUGGAAGCUAAAGAGAUGAUGAGUCAGAUGAUCUCGUGGGGUAUGAGACCCAGUUUUGUGUCGUACAAGAAGAUGGUUCUGGGGCUCUGCGAAACGAAGUCGGUUGAGGAAAUGGACUGGGUUUUGAGGCAAAUGGUGAAUCAUGGCUUUGUUCCAAAAACUGGGAUGUGGUGGAAAGUUCUUCGCUGCGUAGUUAUGAGGAACAUCGACUCUAAAGCCGAUUUGGAUCGCAUUAUAGAUUGCCAGGAAACUCUUGGAUAAGGUUUAUACAUUCUGCUGUAUUGUUUGACAGAGAGAACAUGGACUAUGUAAUGUCUCAGAGUUUGGGUCUGUUGCAGAAUCAACAAGUGGUUGGUUUUCCUGAUGUCUGUUGGGAACGAAUUUGCUGCAGGAGAGUCUGGAUUCAGUUUGGUUGGUGCAGUUCUUAUUCAGAAUCCAGGUCAAUUAUGUUUUGCAUUGGAUAGAGGACUUGACCAAUAUGUAGUCAGAGACAAAGUAAGAGAAUAGAUCCUUGUAUUAACAAUAUCAAGGAAGUUAACAA